AUGUUGAUCUCAUUCCUUGCCUUUGGCUUUGCUGCCACUAGUGUUGUUGCUCAUGAGGGACACGAUGAUCAGAAGCCUCGUUCUGGUCCCCACCAGUCUCUGUGGUACACCAAUACACUGCCAGGUGACGGUGGAACCCAGGCCGACUCGGUUUUCUCAGGCAUUUCCACCUUUGGACGCCUCCCCUACCAGCCCUGCUUGAGUUAUAAAGACGCCUCGUACGAUAUUGCAUUCAUUGGGGCUCCUUUCGAUACUGGCACGUCAUACAGGCCAGGUGCUCGCUUUGGCCCGUCAGGUAUCCGUCAAGGAUCUCGCCGGUUGAAUCUCUACGGCGGCUAUAACGUCCCGCUCGCCACAAACCCCUUCGACGGCUGGGCAAAGGUUCUCGACUGUGGAGAUAUUCCAGUGACAUCGUACGAUAACUCGUGGGCUCUCAAGCAAAUUGAAGAGGGCCACUACAGUAUUCUCUCGCGAGCGCCCAAGACGGAUGCCAAGAAGGCCGGCCCGGCCAAAAAGGGAAAAACACUCCCUCGUGUCAUUACUCUUGGUGGUGACCACACCAUCACUCUUCCUCUACUUCGUUCCAUCAACAGAGCAUAUGGGCCGGUCUCAGUCAUCCACUUCGAUAGCCAUCUGGAUACAUGGCGACCCAAAGUAUUUGGAGGUUCGCCCUCCGAGGUUGCCAGUAUCAACCAUGGCACGUACUUCUACCAUGCCGCCAUGGAGGGUCUGCUUGCCAAUGACUCCAACAUCCACGCUGGGAUCCGCACGACUCUUAGCGGACCGAGUGACUACGAGAAUGACGGCUAUUGUGGUUUCGAGAUUGUAGAGGCUCGGGAGAUCGACACCAUCGGGACGGAUGGCAUCAUCAAGAAGAUCAUCGAUCGUGUCGGCACGACCAAGCCCGUCUAUCUCUCGCUCGACAUUGAUACGUUGGAUCCUGCCUUUGCCCCAGCUACUGGUACACCCGAGACGGGGGGCUGGAGCACGCGAGAGUUGCGCACUAUCCUCAGGGGAUUGGAGGAUAUCAAUUUAAUCGGCGCCGACAUUGUUGAGGUUGCGCCUGCCUACGACACGAACGCCGAGCAUACCACAAUGGCUGCAGCAGAUGCUCUCUACGAGAUUAUGAGCAUGAUGGUCAAGAAGGGACCGUUGAGCAAAAUGGUGGAAGACAAUGACGUGGAUGAGCUCUGA